AAAUUAAUUAAAAGUAAACUAUACUAAUUAAAUCACGAAACAGAAACUUAAUAAAAAAAUAAACAAAUAAAAAUGAUCGCCAGCGAAAGUAUACGUAGCCACUACAAUGAUUCUAUAUUUAAGCAAACACAAUUAAAGGCAGUGGAGCAAGAUUUGGCAAUGGUUGCAGCCAAGACGGAUACGAAUGCAACAAUGUCGGCAACAGCCGUAGCAACAUCAAUUGGCAAUGACAUUCAAAACAACAGCGCUGAUGUUGCUAGCAUUGUGGGUGGAGUUGGUGCUGGUCUAACAAUGACAGCAGCUGCACAGAAUAUUACCGCAUCGACAGCCAGUCAACUUGGUCAAGCAAAUAAAAUGAAUCUUCUACAAAAGAGCAAUGAGAACGGAAUGGAAUCGAAAGUGCUUAAUAAUGACAACAAAUUGAACGGCAAUGGCACUGACAUCAAAAAGAAUGGCUAUGCCGAGGAAGUGGCAUUAAUGGCUAGUCACCCUGAUCCAAUGCUUUUUGAAAGUUUUAUUCGCGAAUGCGUGGAUGAGAUUAUUAAAUCGGCUGUCUUUGAUGGUACAAAUCGUGCCAAUAAGGUAGUUGAGUGGCAUGCGCCACACGAACUGCAACAAUUGUUUGAUUUUAAAUUACGCAAAGAUGGUGAAUCUCAUGAAGAACUACAAAAUCUUCUGAAGCAAACUAUACAAUUUUCGGUAAAAACCGGUCAUCCAUAUUUUAUAAAUCAAUUGUAUUCUGGUGUGGAUCCAUAUGCCUUAAUUGGUCAAUGGUUAACUGAUGCUCUAAAUCCAAGUGUUUAUACAUAUGAAGUAGCACCGAUAUUUACUCUGAUGGAAGAGGAAGUAUUAAGUGAGAUGCGUCGCAUUGUUGGCUUCCCAAAUAAUGGCUAUGGAGAUGGUAUAUUCUGUCCUGGUGGCUCAAUAUCAAAUGGAUACGCCAUCAGUUGUGCACGUUACAAGUAUGCACCCGAUUCUAAGCAAAAGGGUCUUUUCGGAAGAAAACGUUUGAUUAUAUUCACAUCAGAAGAUGCACAUUAUUCUGUUGAAAAGUUAGCCAUGUUUAUGGGCUUUGGUAGUGAAAACGUUUGCAAAGUUACUACCAACAAAAUUGGAAAAAUGGAUCUUAACGUACUGGAGUCACAAAUCAAAAAGUACGUCAAUGAGGAUUGUCAGCCAUUGAUGGUUUCUGCAACUGCCGGUACUACAGUUUUAGGUGCAUUCGACGAUUUGUCUGGUAUUGCAGACAUAUGCACCAAAUACAAUAUGUGGAUGCACGUGGAUGCUGCCUGGGGUGGUGGUGCUUUAAUCUCUAAAAAAUAUCGUUCAUUACUUAAAGGCAUUGAAAGAGCUGAUUCUGUUACUUGGAAUCCACAUAAAUUAUUGGCAGCCUCACAGCAAUGUUCAACAUUCUUGACACGUCACAAAGAAAUACUCGGUCAAUGUCAUUCAACUAAUGCUACUUAUCUGUUCCAAAAAGAUAAAUUCUAUGACACCUCAUUCGAUACCGGUGAUAAGCAUAUACAGUGUGGACGUCGUGCUGAUGUUUUCAAAUUUUGGUUCAUGUGGAAAGCAAAGGGUACCAAAGGUCUUGAGGCACAUAUUGAUCAAGUAUUCAAGAUGUCUGAGUACUUCACAAAAUUAAUCAAAUCUCGUCCUGGUUUCGAACUGGUUUUAGAGAAACCAGAAUGCACUAAUAUUAGUUUUUGGUAUAUUCCUCCAAGUUUACGAAAUAUGGAACGUAAUGAAUCCUUCUAUACUAAGUUACACGCUGUAGCUCCAAAGAUUAAGGAAGGUAUGAUACGUAAAGGUUCCAUGAUGAUUACUUAUCAGCCACUUCGUCAGUCACCAAAUUUCUUCCGCUUGGUCUUACAAAAUUCAUGUUUGAAUGAGUCUGAUAUGUUGUAUUUCAUUAACGAAAUUGAGUCUUUAGGAAGUCAGUUGUAAGUGAAAGUAAAAUUAUUCAUCAUAAAUUUUAGUAUGAAAAAUAAAAACCUAUUUAUAUUCAUUGUUACACAUU